AUGACUUGGCAAAACGAGCAAUUCUUGGAAGUUUUACAGUGUCCUGUGUUGGUUGUUGGCGUUGGUGGUAUUGGUUGCGAAUUGCUGAAAAAUUUAGCCUUAACCGGCUUUUCUAACAUCGAAAUUAUAGAUUUGGAUACAAUUGAUGUAAGUAAUUUGAAUCGACAAUUCUUAUUUCGUCGUGAGCAUGUUGGUAAAUCAAAGGCAAUUAUUGCUGCAGAAGCAAUUCGAUCAAUUGCUCCUAACGUAGAAAUUGUAUGCUAUCAUGAUUCGGUGUUAAAGGAAGAGUAUGGUAUGGAAUUUUUCCAGAAAUUCGCUGUGGUUCUUAGUGCGCUAGAUAACAUAGCUGCACGAAACCAUAUCAAUCGACUUUGCUUAGCAGCUCGAGUACCGUUAAUUGAAAGUGGUUCUUCCGGUUAUUUAGGACAUGUGCGUCCAAUAAUUCGUGAUUACACCGAAUGUUAUGAAUGUAAUCCAAAAACAAUACAAAAAACAUAUCCUGGAUGUACGAUUCGUAACACACCAUCGGAGCACAUUCACUGCACUGUUUGGGCAAAACAUCUUUUUAAUCAACUUUUUGGUGAACCAGAUGACGAAAAUGAAGUGUCUCCGGAUUUAACAGAUGAUGAGAAUUUGCAUAGCCCAAUUAUAAACAGUGAUGAAGAAAACGGGAAUUCAGCUCUUAGUACAGAGCAAAAAGAUGACGGUAACUCAUCUAUGCAUGGCGAUAAUGGCGGGCUAUUGAACAGAAUCAAUACACGGAAAUGGGCAGCUGAAAACGGUUACGACCCAAAAAUUCUUUUCAGAAAGUUCUUUCACAAUGACAUCAAUUAUCUUUUGAGUAUGAAGAAUUUGUGGAAGCAAAGAAGGAAGCCAUUUCCAUUGGACUGGGAUAAUCUUCCGAAUGAAAAUGCAAGUUCAAGCAACAGCGAGCCAAAUGCGGAACUUUGGACAGUUUUGCAGUGUAGGGACGAAUUUGAAAGAGCCUUGUCUGCAUUGAGUGAACGUGUUAAAGAUGGAUCAGUGCUAUCGUGGGAUAAGGAUGAUGAACCAGCAAUGCGUUUUGUAGCAGCAUGUGCUAAUCUUCGUGCUCAUGUCUUUAGCAUCCCUCUCAAAACACUUUUUGAUAUAAAAUCGAUGGCGGGCAAUAUUAUACCAGCUAUUGCUACUACAAAUGCUAUAGUGGCCGGAUUGAUUGUUGCUGAAGCACUGAAAGUUGUUUUCAUAAAACCGAAACCAAAUCCACGUGGGAAAAUUUUAAUUGAGGAAAUGCCCAGUAAGCCUAAUCAACAAUGUUACGUUUGUUCUGAACGACGAGAAAUAACGUUAAGACUAAAUAUUAAGCUGACAACUGUUUUUUCAUUGGAAAACAAGUUUCUAAAGGGAAUUUUGCAUAUGGUCGCACCUGAUGUUAUGAUUCCUCUAACUGGGAAUAUCAUUAUUUCGAGUGAAGCGGGUGAAACCACAGCUAUUAGUGAGCGCAUUUUGGAAAAAGUGGGUGUCAUUCAUGGUUGCAUCUUGGAGUGCGAUGAUUUUUUGCAAAGACUGGAACUUCGGAUUCGUAUUGAACAUGCCAAUGAACUGAAGGCCGAUGAGUUUGUGAUAGCUAUGGAUACUGGUGAUGCUACAACAAACGGACGAAAAGAUGGAAAUGACGAAAACAGGAUGAAACGGUCAUUAUCCGAAACAACUGAUGAGUGUUCACCAGCUAAAAUUCGAAAAACUGAUGGUGAAAUUGUUUCAUAG